AUGAAUAUUCUUCAGAGCAUCGCGUAUCAAUAUUCCGGAGCUCUUCCUGGUCUCCCUACUUCCUAUGCUGCUUUGCUAAGAAUUAAGAAGAGUUCAUCUUCACCCGUGUUUGGUUCAAAGCCUAGACCACGAUACAGCAGUCCUUCAUUAGGAGCCCUGAGUGUUUCUUCACCAAGCUGGCGAGGGACAGCUCAACAUUAUUAUUCCCCCAUCAACCUUUAUCAUUCAUCAGAUGCUUUCAAACAAGAUGAAAGUGUGGACUAUGGGCCAGUGUUUGUGCAAGAACCAGAUGAUAUAAUUUUCCCAACUGAUUCUGAUGAAAAGAAAGUAGCACUGAAUUGUGAAGUUCGUGGCAAUCCAGUCCCCAAUUACAGAUGGCUUCGAAAUGGAACAGAAAUUGAUUUGGAAAGUGAUUAUCGCUACAGUUUGAUUGACGGGACCUUCAUUAUAAGCAAUCCGAGUGAAGCAAGAGAUUCUGGCCAUUACCAGUGUUUAGCAGCCAACACUUGGGGAAGUAUUCUUAGUAGAGAGGCCAUACUUCAGUUUGCCUAUCUGGGGAAUUUUAGUGGCCGGACGAGAAGUGCAGUCUCUGUGAGGGAAGGCCAGGGGGUUGUUCUGCUGUGCUCGCCUCCGCCUCAUUCGCCAGAGAUCAUCUAUAGCUGGGUAUUUAACGAAUUCCCUUCCUUUGUGGCGGAAGACAGUCGGCGGUUCAUUUCCCAGGAGACAGGCAACCUUUAUAUUUCUAAAGUCCAAGCAUCGGAUGUUGGCAGCUAUAUUUGUCUGGUGAAAAACACAGUGACGAAUGCCCGAGUACUUAGUCCUCCAACACCACUCACUCUACGUAAUGAUGGUGUGAUGGGAGAAUACGAGCCGAAAAUUGAGGUCCAUUUUCCUUUAACUGUUACAGCUGCUAAGGGAACAACUGUUAAGCUGGAGUGCUUUGCCCUUGGCAAUCAGGUAUUCGGCUGGAAACUGGACCCAACUCCGAUGGUUCAAAAGAUUUUAGUAAAGGCAAAUGUGAAAGAUCUGUCAGGGAGCAGGACUAAGAGGACCAAGGAAAGUAAAUGA